AUGCCCAAAGUAUUUCCAUAUCACCCGGAACAGGACGCGCCUGCCGGCCAUGACUACGAGGCCGACCCGCAAUGGAGGAAAAAGCCUCUCACACCCUCUCAGCUCCAGGUCAACGACGUGAGAUUGGAGACUCUGCGGCCAGAUCGAGGGCCCAUGCUAGAGAUCAACGAACGAGCGACAUCGACCCUCGUGCCCGACACUGCAGCGUAUACACCUUCCGCAAGCUUCGUUCGCAUUGCCGAUGCCACGAGCAACCCCAUAGAGAAGCAGAGGUUCACCAAUCUCGAAGAGGAGUAUGGCUGGAUGCGCCAUUUGAGGCUGCAGAAGUACCAGCAAAAUGCCUACGAUGAUGGAGACUCUGCAAAAUGUCGAUGGAUUCACUGCUCCUCCAAGUUUCCUGAGUAUUUGGCGGGCUUGCUUUGGGCACUUUCUGACGAUCUUGAAAGUGUCGCCGAUUCCAUGCGAAUGCUGGAUGCCGCGAUACAGCGCAAUACGCGGUUCUCCAAGCAUGGAAAAUACUUUGCGCCUUUCUCGCAGUGUCUGGCACGGCAGACAGAUGGGUCGAGCAAGGAGACUUAUCCAUUACUGGUGUCAGUUCCUUUCAUGGACUGGACGAUGCAGGGACCAACACCACCUCUCCGGUUUCAAGUCGACCGAAGGGAAGGCUUUCUCUCGUCUAGGUCAUCCGCGCAUAUCCUUCGCUCUGUUUUACAGCAUUACUAUCGCCUGGAAGACACUCGGGACCGUGAACACUCCCAAGUGUUCGCUAAGCACAAGCCGUGGAACACGAAUCGAGAGCUGGAUCUGAAGGUCCGUCAAUGGUAUGGUCAUUAUCCGACUGGCUUGAACGUAGACGAGCUGUGGAUACUUGCGAUCGAUGCAGAGCACAUUGUGACCUUCUCAAGUAACCAGACCUGGAAAUCGCGCUGGCCGCCUCUCCAGCUCACUUCUAGAAUCAGUGAUGUUUCAUUCCGUGGGAUCCGCAAUGCAUACUUCAGGUCCGGCGAAGCGAAAGAAUAUACAGCCAUUACUCAUAUGAUGGCAAGCCUGAGCGGCGCAGUGGGAAUGAUGCAUCGCAAUUUCUGGCCAGAUAUGGUACUUUGCCUUACCGACCGCUAUGCUGGCAGAAUGGGACACCUUCAGUAUCGCCUGCACCGUUCGCCCAGCACGAAACUGGUGAUGGAUCUGAUUGCAUGCCAAGAGGAGCUCUAUAUCGUGAUUCAAAUCACAGAGGAGCAGAUUGAGAUGAUCCAAGACCUCCAGACUACCUUGGAUACAGGAGAGGCCACAACCGAAGCUGAAGCGCCCUCUCCUGCGAGUCGAAGGCGAGUCUCAGCGACCUACGGAGAUUUCGAUGAAUACGACAGCCCAAGGAGGCUGGUGACUCGCCGCUCGACAUAUCGACAGCUGUCUACUUCCGUAUUGUCGGAUCCAUUGGCGCAGUUGCUGGACAACCUGCAAAGGGAGCUGGCUGACUUGAGAGACCUUCGUGACAAUACGGACAGACUGGUCAACCGAACAAUUCAACUCGUCAACAUCCGUCUCGAAGAUCACGGCAAAGCCAUAUUAGUUUUCACAGUCGUCACCAUCGUCUUUCUCCCCCUCAACUUCGUCAGCAGCUUCUUUGGCAUGAACUUCAGCGACAUUCGGGAUAUGGAUCGAACGCAAUGGCUGUUUUGGGCUGUCGCGAUCUGUGUGACCGUUGGCGUGGUGACAUCUUCGAUCGUUCUGGCAUUCUCGGGUGGUGCAAUAGUCGAGAAGAUGCAUAUGUGGAGAGACUCAAGACGCGAGAAAACAUUAAGCACAACAACAGUAUUACGACAGAUAGGGGCCAAUGUUGGGGAGCAUGGCUUUAGGGUAUACGGCACCGAUAAAGAUGGGUCAGGUGGGACAUCGUAUCAGAGCGACUGGUGA